AUGGCACUAGUUCUGCAGGAACGUCUCCAGACCACCUCGGCCGACUUUCAGAAAAUACAAAACGACCUUUCGCUCGUGGUCGAUGCCCGUCAGAAGCUCGAGGCUCAGUUCUCCGAGAACGAGCUCGUCAAGAAGGAAUUUGCGUCUCUGACUGCGGACAACACCGUCUACAAGCUUAUCGGACCUGUGCUCAUCAAGCAGGACCAAACGGAAGCGAAGCAGAACGUCGACACACGUUUAGACUUCAUCCGUGGUGAGAUCAAACGGGUGGAGGGACAGCUGAAAGACCUGGGCGAGAAAUCGGAGACGAAGAAAUUGGAGCUCGUCGAGAUCCAGGCCGCCCUUCAACAACACCAACAGCCCAUUUCAGUCGUAUGA